AUGAGGCCGGUGAGAGAAGCCACCGCGGCGCUGAUGGGCGUCGGCGGCGGUGAUCAGGCGACAGCCGCGGCGGCGGGACACAUCGGCCACGCCCACGCGCACCCGGGGCUGUGGAGGACGCCGACGCCUUACCUCUUCCUCGGCUUCGCGCUCAUGAUGGGGCUCAUGGCGGUCGCGCUGCUCAUCCUCCUCUGCACGCGCCCCAAGCCGUCCGGCUCGUCUCGGCGCGCUAGCGCCUCGGAGGAAGAGUCGGCGCGGGGGGCGACCAUGGCGCCACUCGACCGCGAGCCCAAGGUCAUCGUCAUCAUGCCCGGCGACCACAUGCCGUCCUUCAUCGCCAGCGCGAGGCCCUUCGCCUUCGCGAGAGCAAUGGACGCCGGCGAGCCAAGCAACGCCGACGCGGUGUAG